CUUAUCUUCCUCUUUUUCUCUUCUUCUUCUUCCUUCUAUCUCCAUCUCUGUGCCAUUCCUCUUUUAUUUCUUCUCCCUUUUCGGUGACUCUCUCUCACUCACUCUCUCUAUCGGUGUCUCUCUCUCACUCGUUUUGGGCCUUUUUCACUGUGUCUUUUCUCCAUCUUCUCCUUUUUUUUUUAAAUCAAUUCUUUUUUCAUUAAGUGUUUCUAUCCGAACUACUUUAUAUUUCUUUAUUUCAAAUGGAAGGUGAUGACCAUGAGUUCGUUGGUGCCUCAGCUGGUGCUUCUGCUACCUAUCCGGUUCAAUGUUCUUCUCUUCGAAAAAAUGGUUUUGUUAUGAUUAAAGCUCGACCCUGUAAAGUCAUGGAGAUGAGUACAUCCAAGACUGGAAAACACGGACAUGCAAAGGUUCAUCUUGUCGGGAUCGAUAUCUUCACUGGUAAGAAGUAUGAAGAUCUUUGCCCAUCCACUCACAAUAUUGACGUUCCCAAUGUUUCACGUAACGAUUAUACACUACUUGAUAUUAGUGAUGACGGUUUUUGUUCAUUAAUGACUGAAAAGGGAGACACCCGAGAUGAUUUACGAUUGCCUGAGGGUGAACUUGGUACCAAGAUCAGUGAAGAGUUUGGCAAAGAAGAUACAACUGUCAUUGUCACUGUUAUGUCUGCUGUUAAUGAAGAAGCAAUCAUUGCUUGCAAGAAUGCAAACAAUUAAUUCAAUUAAUAAAUUGUAAUCAUCCAAAAAUAGAUUACAUGAGUUUGAUUUUGAUAAACAAAGAAACAAAACAACAAAACACACUCGUUUAAAUUGGAAAAACCAUUUAAAAGUUUAAACCACAAUUAAAGGUCAAAUAAAUACCUAUAAUAAUACAGAAAA